UACUUAUUACUACUUGCUACUUGCUAAUAUAACUGUGCUUCAUUUAUGAUUAUUGUGGUCAGCAGCAAUUUUUUUUUUGUAACUUCUAAUUUCCUCUAUUUUUCUCAGCCAUUGAUGGGAUAUUUUAUAUUGGUUACUCAUGAAUUAUUCAGCUGAUGUUACUUACUUACUUUUGGAAGGUCAUGUAGAGCUGGAGAAGUACAGGUAUCUUUAUUUUAUCGUUUCUUUUACAGUGUAUUUGCUGAUCAUUUGCUGCAAUGCUGGUGUCAUCUUCAUUGUGCUCACGGAUAAGAAACUGCAUGAGCCGAUGUACAUUUUCAUCACUGCUUUACUUCUGAACUCUUUGUUUGGAACCACUGUGAUUUAUCCCAAACUUUUGGGUGAUUUUCUGUCUGAAAGACCAGGAAUUUCUUAUGAAGGAUGUCUGUUUCAAGCUUUUUGCAUUUAUACGUACGGCGUAUCAGAGUUUACACUGUUAUCAGCUAUGGCGUACGACAGAUACGUGUCCAUAUGUAAACCUUUACAGUACCCGACUCUUAUGAACAUGUCUACUGUCAGAAAACUCUUAUUCAUCUGCUGGUUUGUUCCUUUCUGUGAAGUUGGAAUAUUGGUCAUUUUAACCUACAGACUGAAACUGUGUCGAUUUAAACUGGAGAGAAUCUACUGCAGUAAUUACGCCAUUGUUAAAUUAAGCUGUGGAGACACGACGGUAAAUAACUCCUACGGGCUCUUUAUCUUAGUCAUCGCUGUGAUUCCACCUGUGAUCUUUAUAAUCUUCUCCUAUGUCCGAAUUCUCUCUGUCUGUUUAAAGAACUCAAAGGAAUUCAGGAGAAAAGCUCUGCAGACCUGCUUCCCUCAUCUCUUCAUCUUCAUCAGCUUCUCUGUCACUUCCUGUUUUGAAAUUAUCAACAGCAGAUUAGAAGGAAAUGUUCCUCAUAUUGUUGCUAUGAUCAUGUCUAUUGAAAACAUGGUUAUUCCUCCUCUGAUUAACCCUGUUAUUUAUGGGCUGAAGCUGCAGGAGAUUUUGAAAAGGAUUAAGACGCUGUUUUCAGGGAAAAAGAGGAUAUCGUUUUAGAUUAGGGUCAGUUUCCUCCUCCUCUUCCUCCUCUUCUUCUUCUUCUUCUUCUUCUUUUUUUCUGUGAGGACUGUGAUAAUGGUCAUGUAAUGAACAAUAUGAUUGUACUGAGGUUAAUGAUGAACCUGUGAUGAAUACUUAAUUCUAAAUAAAAAGGUAAAUUCUGGUUAAUAUUACCAUUUGCAAUGUGAUGUGUACAGUACAUAAAAUUAUAAUAAAUAUUUAUAAUUAUAGUAUAAUAAUUAUUACAAAUUAUAAAAAUAGAAAUUAUAAAAAAAAAUAGAUUUUGAACAUUUUGAAUGCAGAUGUUUCUGCAGGGUUAACAAAAUAAAUAGAUAAGAUAAUAAUAAAUAUAUAAUAAAUACAGUUUAGAUUAGAGUCAGUUCCUUCUUCUACUUCUUUUUCUUCCUCUUCUUCUUUGAGGACUGGGACAAUGGUCAUGUAAUGGACAAUAUAAGUGUACUGAGGUUGAUAU